CCUCAAUAUUCAAUUCCAUAACCUUCUCUUUUCAUACGAGUACCUCAACCUAUGACUCUGUCUAUCUCUCUCUUUCCAUCUUCCAGUCCACUAUCAGGCCUUGACUCUAUAGCCUUUUCCCUCCUCCCUCGUCCUUCCCUUCAAAUGCCAGGCAGUCUUCGAUGUUUAAGAUCAGUCUCUCCCGCUCGCUCCCUGCGUUGCGUUUCCCCAUGCUACUCUGCAGUUCUGAAAAAAUGUCGGAAGGUAGGAAAAAGGUAGCGAUAUUUUAAAAUACAUUGUGUUUAGGUUGUCAAUGGUUGUGCAUCCAUGUGUUGAUCAGAGAGACCCUCACAUGGGCUCUCCCGCUUCCCCACAAAUUUUUGACAGACUUGGUUGAAUCGCCAGCCAAUCUCCUCCCCUUCCUUCUCCUCGUCUCUCUGCACUUCGGUUUCUGCGCUAUCUGACGCCUCUAAGACCGCCUGAUUGGCUCUACUACCCAGUCCUUCCCAAAGCAAGGGUUCGCCCUAUCUCUUUCUUUGUAAAAUAUUAAAGAAAAGCUCGUGAAGACUAACGCCCUGAACAAAAGGAUCCAGUUAACACAGCAGAAUUGAGCAUCCUAUGUGAAGCACAGUUCCAGCCCUCUUUUUCACUUUUUUGCCGCACCACAGAAAGGUAGGAAUGGAGAUCUCGCAGGAGAAGAGGAACCAACCCAAACAGGAUGUGGGUGUUGAAGAAAACGCCGAAAUUCGUUGUGGGUGUGAAUCGGAUUGGAAGAAAAGGCCAGAUUUCUUGCCAGAGGAUUCCGGCGUCAAAGUUCCCGACGCCUGCGACUCGUCACCGGAGUCUACCAUUUCUCUGCUAGAGAGCGAUAACAAGGACUGGUCCGACUGCUCCAUUUCAGAUGAUGAGAGUCUGAUCGAGAUAGAGCUACAAGGAGAACACUAUCUAGAAGAAGACAGGUUUUUCUGGGAGAAGGACUUCCCGGUGGUGGGGAUGCCGGAGUAUGCUUUCCAGAAGAAAGACUUUCAGGCUUUUGAGACGCCUGAGUCCAUAUUCAGGCGACAGCUACUCAUGGAGCUCUGCUCCGAGCUCAUAGAGGAGGAUAACUUGAUAGAGAUUGACCUUUCUGUUGGGUCCAUCAAAUGCUCAAGGGUUGAGAUUGACGAUUGAGAGGAAGAUAGACAUUCAGACUCUGGUCACUGAUGGGCUCCAUGUAUAGCAGUUUGUUCGUUGAAGGAAGCCCUUGAUGGUUGGUGUUAUUGCUGUGUAACAAAAUCUUUCGAUCGCUUGUCUUCCUUUCUCAGACUUAAGUAGUAUGAACCUUGACGCUGUCCCUAUUUGCUUACGCCUGUGAAUGGAUUGUAGUUCUGUAUUUUUCUACUGAAGUAUAACAAUUAAACAA